AUGCACGUCGUCAGUCUUUUAUCUGCUGUCGCUUGCCUAUUUUUGAUUCAUACUACAGAUGCUUUUGUAACAAAUGCUACAAUUGCUGAGAAUAAUGGUGUACAGUCACGAGUAAUGUUAACUAAUCUAGCUACGAUUCUUCGUGGUGCUGGACUUGACGUUGUUGAAGUUGCCGGUUGGACAACACGUGGUCAUGGUCAAAUGACUGCUGUUAAGAGUAUUAUUUGUCAUCAUACAGCUGGUCCUGCUACAGGUGAUUUUCCCUCAUUAAAUGUUGUUAGAGAUGGUACCGCAAGUCUUGCUGGUCCACUUUCACAGCUCGGAUUGGGUCGUACUGGUAAGUGGUAUGUCAUCGCCGCUGGUCUUUCUUAUCAUGCUGGUGUUGUUACUGAUACUUCAUUAUAUUCAAAUGCAAAUGCUAUUGGAAUUGAAGCAGAAGGAGUAGGUUUACCAGCUACAAAUACUGGACAUACUAAUUGGCCCGAAGUACAAUAUCAAAGUUAUUUACGUGGUGUUCGAGCUCUCAGGACUGCUUUUAAUGUACCAGCAGCACGUGUAAUGGGUCACAAAGAAGUUGCAUCACCAUUAGGUCGCAAAAUUGAUCCUAAUUUUUCAAUGGCUGAAUUUCGUGCAGCUCUUUAA